AAGCAAGUGGGGGGAAAGACAGGCCAACCAAUAAUCCUGAAUACUUUGACUAUAGCUAUAGAAUGCAGUGCAAAUGUAAACUAUUAGUCACACUCUGUUUACACGUCUGCUUGCUACCAAAUCUGCCUAAUGUACAGUGCGUAAAUGUGAUGUGUUUGUAUACAAAGAUUUUGUUUGUUUAUUUUGUGUGUGUGUUUGCGGUGACAGGAAGCAGGGAGUGAGGUCCUGUGAUGUGCUGAGUCACGUCUCAGACUUGGAGAAUCCUCAGUUCUACACAAUCACCAGACAACAGCUGAAGUCAGUGGCUCUGAGAGUUAUUCUGUGGGAGGCCAAGAACUCCAAACACCCAAAUUUCAUUGGAGAGGUACUUGUGUCUCUAUCGGACAGAGAUGCCGUCAGAUUAGAGGGGCACCCCAGCUGGUUCAGAAUGUGCAAGACAGACCCCAACCUCCCUCCCCCGCCCAACGCCGUCCUCGUCAAAAAGGCCAAGAAAGAAGACAUAUUCCACCGAGUGCGACGAGGGACCGGCUACGCCUUGCAGAGCCUCCGAAGACCAAUGUCGAUGGGAAUUGACGCUCUGGCGGCCGAAAAUGGCGGCCGACUUCCCCCCAGCUCUAGUAUGGACGGUCUAGAAGCCAGCUUCAGGAAGCUCCAAGGAGCCAAUGUAACGAUGCCGCGGCGGACGAGAAAGGAGAGAAAACCUCUGUCGGGGCUCUUUAAUUCUCCACCUCACGUCCCCGGUCCGCCAGUGUCAGCAGGUAGCCUCCAAAACGGAAGACCCGGUGGCUUCGGCAACGGUCACGAUAUUUCUUCGAGGCGCGUCCCGGAUGUGAUAUCACGUGUGGGAGCUAUGGACGAGAGUGCCUCGUUCAGCGUGCCAACUUCCCCGCUAAUGUCUCGAAAAAUGGCUGCCAGGGAGAGCAACACUCUCCGUCGCAAGAAACUCGGUGGUAUUCUGAGUGUUCUGCGAGGCUCGCUCCUCCCCGCCAUGCAUAGCAUCGACCUCGCCACUCUACAGAGGAAACGAGCUGCGACCGAGGCUGGUGAAGACGUGACAGACGGCGAUGUGCCCGUGGAGGAAGAAGAAACGAAACGACGCUGGUCUCUCUCCGGAGAUUUCAAACACAGAAUCGUUCCGCUCAGCCCCCCGUUCUCCUCCUCCUCCUCCCCCUUCUUUUCCCCACAACACACUACGAGACAACCCUUAACGAGUACGACGUCAUCAUCCUCACUCGACCCCUCCCCUGGUUCGGCCCAUCGUCGCGUCCACAGCGAAAUAACACCUUCCACUACUGACUACCAGUGGAGCGACGUCACGGCAGAAGAUUUCCAAAAGAUUGAAUCUGCCGGUCUGCUGACUCCUGAAACGACCUCAGGUGCUGUUUUAUCAGACGGUAGUUGGUACUCAGCCGAAGAGGAGCUAAAAGACGAAGAAACUCCAAAGAAACAGAGUCCCGCGAGGGUUCUAAAGACAGGGAGCUCAAGUGCCUCGAAACUGCUCUAUAGUCGCUCCCACACCGUGGACGAUGGGUUCGGGAGUGUGAAUUCAGCCACAAAGAUGAAAUCGCGAAGUGCAGAGAACCUUCUAUCGGGAGACGAGAGGGAAGAGGAGGGAGGAGGAAGAGAGGGACUGGGGUUCAGGGAGCAUCUUCCGCUCACUCGGACGCGGUGCCAUGCUAUCAGUCGUGGCUCCAGCAGUGGCUCGUCGGUGGAGGACGAUCACACCACACCCAACAGUCGACCUCGCUCCCACAACAGCGGCUCUGACGAGGUGGGCGGAGUCAAAGGUGGAGAUGUGGGUGGACUCACGGGCGGAGUCACGGGCAGAGACGCAGGCGAAGGAGAGUCGUCCCUACACAGCAGUAUGCCAAUCGGGAGAGUCAACGCGAUCUCCCUGAAUCCGAGAUUUCGAGCCACGGGAGACGGGGAGAGAGGUUCUCAGGCUGAUGGUGAGGUGCCUCCUCCUCUUCCCCGUCCUCUUCGGGGGAGAGAAUAUCACGGUGGAGAUCAUUUGAGGACCUUCUCGGGGCUCUCCCUCUCCAGAAAAUAAAGCCGAGAUGGCUGAGGAGAAACAGGACUCAUCACGUGGCCUCCAACUCUAACCCGAGUCCACUGUUGCAGAGGAGGAGCUCCGAGCCGGCCAUCCCUGAAAGUCCGCCAGUAGGGAAAGUGAGGCUGGAACUGACCUACAACCCCGACACGUCUAUGGUGGGAGUCAGACUCCACGAACACACUCUCUCUGAGAAUAACACAGAGCUGAUGGUUCAGACAUUCCUGUACCCAAGAUACAGUGUGGCCAGCAGAGAAUGUCAACAGAAAAUAGUUUCGUUCAAGAAGACUGACUAUUCCCAUACUCUAGUGGCCAGCUUCACCUGUGAUUCCAACCUCUCUGACCUCACUCUUCAGGUGAGUUUGGAAGCAAGUGGUCGAUUCUUUAGCCGACAGAGUGGCCACGUCUUGCUGGACCUGGGUCCCCUCCUCCUCCCCUCACCCUCUCUCUCUUGCGACCAAUGGUUCCCUCUCUUUCUCACACCUCGCCCCCCUCCAAAUGACGCCCACCACAAAGAACAUGAACUGGUGUCUCUUACGGUUACAUGAUAUCACAUCAUCUUUGCUCACCAACAUCCGACCACAUUAAAACGUGAUAAUAUAAUUAAUACCGCAUGUUCUAUUGGGAUUGAAACAACAAAUCUAGACACCAAUUGCAAUUGGAUUGGAUUUCAGAAAGAAACUUCUUAGUA